CGCUACUUCGUCCUUUCGCGCUUGGCUUCUCACCGUGCGAUCCUUCGUCUUCUUUCCUCAGAUACGUAUUCUCAUUUCACUCCGUUUCCCCCUUUUUUUUCCUUUUUUAUUUUUGUUUCUUUCCUCGUUCAUCCCAAAGAUUGGUGCUUUUUCUUCGACGAUUGGAUGUUGUUCUGCUACUGAAUUUUUUUUCCUUCGGAAAUCCCGCCCCCAAAUCUGAUCUUUUGGUGUUAAUUCCCUUUUCGAGGCGGUGUCUGGCUCGAAAAAUCUGAUCUUGCCAAGAUUGGUGUUUUUCUUCGAAAAAUCGGCGUUAUCUGGUGUGUUCUAGGGUUGAUUUUAUUUCUGAGGUGGUCGUUGUCUCGCAAAAUCUGAUCUUACCUUUUCUCGCCCCCUGCUGUUCCUGUUUAUCAUCUUAUUCAACCCUAGUCGGCUUAAACUUUUGAUUCUCGUCUAGUUUUCUGUCCAUGAUCUCGAUGUUUUGUCGCUGGAUUGGGUGGAAAAAGAUCGCCUAGCCCAUAUGAAUCUCGCUGUUCUGCGGAUCUGCUUCUUGCACUCUUUCUCAGUGGUGUUCCUCUUCUGGUUUUACGUCUUCUCAUGAAGUAGAUCUCAUUGCCUGGUUACGACCACCUUGAGCGGCAAAAUCCAAUUUCUUUUUCCGUUCUCGUUGCUAAUCUCCUAAGUUCUAGUGAAAAUACCUCGAGAAAAAUCAUGCCUUGCUCGCCAGUCCAUCAAGAUUUCAGUUCUGGAGAUUCCUCCAUGCAACGUGCGAUCGAUGAGAGGAAGAGAAAGAAGAUGCUCUCAAACAGGGAGUCCGCAAGAAGGUCUCGGAUGAGGAAGCAACAGAAAUUGGAUGAUAUGCUGAAGGAAAGUGCCGAUUUCAAAGGCCAAAACAGUAAGAUUGAGAUGCAGAUCAAUGUUGUGACACAACAUUUUGAGACGGUGGAUACGGAGAACACCAUCCUCAGGGCUCAAAUCAGUGAAUUGACGGCAAGGCUGCAGUCGAUGAACUCCAUACUUCACAUCUAUAAGGAAGUUAGUGGGUUGUCCAUGGAGAUACCUGAGAUGCCCGAAACAAUGACGAAGCCUUGGCGGUUGCCUUUCCAGGCACAACCUCUCUCUACUGCAGUCAACAUGUUUAAAGUCUGAACCAGUAUUGUAGUGUUUCACCAAUGUCUGUCUCCAGUCUUUCAGAGUUCUAUUUCUGAGCUUGUUAUGUGGUAUAUCAGUGUGUCCUAUGGUUAUGUACAAGAGUGCUUUCAUGUUUUCUUGAGUCCAUAGAUGCUAUAAACAAUCCUAAAGCAUGGUCUAUUAUCUUUCCAAGAACAAUUCGGGUCUGAAUCAUUACUGUAUACGUCUUCACCAUUGGUCUUCACUUAUUAUACUUCCAUUUUACAGUUU